UUGGGGCGCCGCGAGCAGUUUGAAAUCAACCGUCGACUGUCACGGAAUGGCGAGUUGUGCUCAGUGUUUGAUGUUCUAAAACGCACGUGUUUUCGUUAAUAUAAAGACAAUGUCGGGAGAUAACGUAGAAGUGGUUAUAAGGGUUCGCCCCCUUAUAACAAGAGAGGUGAACAAUAGAGACAAAGUGAAGUGGCAAGUUCACAAUAAUAUUAUAAGUCCAAUAGAUCCUGCUGACUCUCGGUCUGAUGUUUAUCAGUUUGAUCACAUUUUCGAUACCGACUCCACAAAUGAAGAAGUUUACGACAGCGUAGUUGCCCCGUUGGUGUUAACCUGCGUCGAGGGAUACCAUUGCACAAUAUUCACAUACGGCCAAACAUCGAGUGGGAAAACUCACACAAUGCAUGGAACUCCAUCGGAUCCUGGUAUCAUCCCUCGUGUAAUCGACCAACUUUUUGACAUCAUUGAUGUUCGACAUGAUUCAAAAUUCCUCAUAAGGGUGGCUUACGUAGAAAUUUACAACGAGAAGAUAUACGAUUUAUUAAAGAAGAACAACGUAGAUGUAAAGACACGGGAAGAUGUUGACGGAAACAUUUUAAUUCUUUCCGAAGAACUGGUAACAUCUACGAAAGACCAAAUAUUAGAAAUCAUGAAGGUGGGGAAGAAAAACAGGAAAAUAUAUUCGACAAACAUGAAUAUCAACAGCAGUCGUAGUCACACAAUUUUUCGUAUUAUCGUUGAAAAUUCUGGCAGGACCGAAGACGGACUUCCACUUCCUGUUAGAGUAUCCCAUUUUAAUUUGGUUGAUCUUGCUGGAACGGAAAGGGUCGCACAAACUAAAGCGACAGGACAACGACUUCUCGAAGGGGCUGCUAUUAAUAAGUCAUUAUCUACCUUGACAUUGGUUAUAUCGCAAUUAACCGAUGAGAACUGUAAAUUCCGUAGUUAUAGAGAUUCAAAAUUAACACUGAUUUUAAAAAAUGCGCUUGGAGGAAACGCGAAAACUUUAAUUGUCGCAAAUAUAACUCCGGCAUCUCUAGAAGAUACUCAUUCAACGUUAUCGUUUGCUCGUCGCGCGAAAGCUAUUAAAAAUACAGCUGUUAUUAAUAAUACCGAAGGAGGUAGUAUACUUUUAAGACAACAAAUUCGUAUAAAGGAGUUGGAACGGGAAUUGUUAAUGGCUCGGGCGGAAAAUAAACAACCUUACAAUCACCUGAUUAAAUUGAAUAACAGACUUUUCGCUAAAGGAAAUGUUGCCGAUCCAAUUCAUCGUCGCCACACCAUCUCAAAGACUAGAGAUGUUGUUGCUUGCUCACAUGAUGAUAUUGAUAAUAUUUUUCAAGUUACUUCUUCAACGAUUCCUUUAACUGUAAUUGAAAAAAGUAUGCUGCGUGUAGCCCGAACUAAUGCCAUCGAAAGGAAUCCCUCAUCAACCUCAAUUACCGAAAACGUUCAAACGUUACCUUUUGAAGCACAAUUAGAUUUGUCUGUUGGUGAAGCUGGUGAUGGUACAGACGAGGAUGGCACGAUCUCUCCCGAUAUCUCAAUUGUUGACUACUCUGUGUGUGAUAAGGAUUUAGCAGAGAGUGACACCGAUGAGGAUCUGCAAGAAUUUAUGGAAUUAGAGGAGACCCAUAAAACGCCUACAAAAGAUCUCCAAGACGAACUAAAAAAAAAUCGUGAUUAUGCUGCAACUGCUUUACAACAAUAUUCACAACAAGUGGCAUUAAAUACUUUUCUAAAAAGCUCCAAUCAAAAAUUGAUGGAUAAACUUGUUGCGGCUACACACAGAAUUGAGGAAUUGGAGAAACAACCGGCAUUCGAGCAGUACAAUAUAACAAAAGAUGUUAUGACAAGAGAAAUUCAACAACUCACAAAGGAACUAGAAACUGAAAAGGUGAAACAUCACGAAAUCCAAGAGGAGUUGAAUAUUAAUCAGGAAGAAUACUUCCAUGUGUUAAAAGAAAAAGAAUUUUUAACAGGCCACAUCGAUGAACUAACUGCCAAAAACGCCGAAUUGGCUGAAACUCACAAAAGACUCGCCGAGGAACCUAGCACGAGCAAGCUGGAAUCGGACGCUCUAAAAAUCCAAGAUUUGGAGUUCAACUUGUGCAGAGCCAAUCAAGAGAUUUCAUUAUUAAGAAAUGAAUUAUAUAAAACACUUCCCCAAGAAGCUAGUAAAUUAGUUUUCGAAAAAGUCUGCGAUAGUCAAAUGGCUCUAGAUAAGAUUCUGGAGAAAAACCUGAAAAAACUUGAUGAUGUGAAUUCACUAAAGGUAAACAUAGACGAGUUAACAAGAGAGAAGCGUAUCCUGGAACUAAAUCUUCAACAUUCAGAACAAGAUUUAGUGGAUAAAGAUGGUUACCUUGAAACCUUAAAGAAGGAGCACGUCAUUAAAAUGCUAGAAUUAAAAACUACCAGGACUACUUUGGAGAAAGCCGAAGACGAACUCUUGGAGUUGUCUCAAAGCGUUGACGCGUACGAAAAAAGAAUGGCAGCAUUAUCACAGCAAAAUAAAGCGUACCGAUCACUUGUCAAAUUUAUGGACCUUUAUUAUGAAUCUAAAUCCAAAGAUUUAAAGAAUAUCUUGAAAACCUUGAAAGCUGAAGACUCGAAAAAAGUGACAGGGGGGUUGUUCCGCGUCAAAAGUUUACCCUCUCUUAAAGAAUCAGAAAUUAAACAAUUAAAACCCGCCAGCAGUGGCUCAUUACAAAAUAUCCAUUUAUGUUUGCACGAACCGUCUUUCCGCGAAAUCAGCGAUGAUUUAUUGAGUCUCUCCCAAGUUUUAUCACGCGGCCCAGGAAAUUCAAAAAGCAUUGAAAUGGAAGAGUCCUUGAGCUUGGCAAGAAACCGAAUCACCACGUUACAAAAUCAAGUCGAAAGAUACUUAUUAGACGUCGAGUCCUCUAAUGACGAAAUCACUCAUCUUAAACAGCGAAAUCGUUACUUAGAGGACGAAAUGACACAAAUGCAGCAUAUAGCGAGAGAUGAGCUCAAAAAUCAGGUUAAAGCUGCAAGCAUUAAAUACAACGAAAUGUUCAAAAACUACCAAGAAUCGUCCUACAAAGAGAAAAAAUUUGAAAGGAAAUACAUGCGCAAAGUAGAAGAAUGCACAGAAUUAAAAAAGAAAUAUGAAGACUUAAACAAAACUAUCGAUGAUGUGAAAUCAACAAGUGAGAUGGAAACUUUGAAGAUGUCCGAAGACAGUCUCAAAAUCGAGAAUGAAUACAAAACAGUUAAAAGCAACUAUGAAAACUUACAAACAUUAUUUGCUGAUAAGCAAGCAGAAAUUAGUAAAUUAGAGGGGGUUAAAAAAGGACUUGAAGAUGAUCUUAACGCCAAAAAAGAAUUGAUUGCGCGCCUCCAAGCAUCGAAUUCGGAUAUAACAACAGCAAAUCAACAAUUAACCGGAAAAGUGAAAGAAUUGGACGAGGUACAAACAGAAAACGCCCAUUUACUUAACAGGUUACAAUCGGCAGAAAAUUCUAUUAAAAGCAAAAUGGAAUUGAUUUCAGCAAGCACUACAUUAAAUACACAACUUAAAGAAACCGUCAUACGUCUGCAAGAAAAAAUUACGAAAGCUCAAUCCAGCGCAAAUACUCAAACCGAAAUCGGCCAACAACUUCAUAAAGUAACAGAGGAAAACAAACAUUUAAUAGAACAAUUGAAUCAAUUACACACAAAUAUGCAAAUUAUGUCUAAGGAUCUUUCACACUUACAGGCGGAAAAUGCCGAUUUACGAAACACCUAUAAAACUUACAAAGAAACCUCGAGAGAUGAAAUUCGUUCGGCGCAAGAACAAUAUAACCUCCUGUAUGCCAACUAUCAAGAGGCAAUUGAAAGUAGCCAAAAAGAAGCCGAAACUUGCGAUAAAUUACGAGGAGAAUUAGAAGAUGUAAGAACAACUGCAGAAGCUCAUACUCGUCUUACCGAGAGUAAAAUAAAAAAAUACGAAGAAACGAUAGCUGGUUUAUCUGAUAAAGUGGAUUCGUUACAUACCCUCUGCGAUUCAAAGUUACGCAUGAUUAGCCAAUACCAACAAAAAAUCUCCGAGAUUAACGAUGAUAACACAAAAUUACGGACGGAAUUAAAUAAUUUACUUGAAGUCAACGAAAAAUUACGCGACGAAAAUUGGCAACAAAAAGUGCAAGCGGAAGAUAACGAAAAACAAAUCAACAAUUUAUUGGACCAAAACGAAGACUAUGCGGCAUACGUUUCUUCCGCCGACCAAAAAGUGGAUAUGGCAGUUCAGGAGAGUCAAGAAUUACGGAUGAGGAUCCAACAAGCUCAAGGCACGUUUGAAAAACGCUACAACAUGUUAGUAAUGGAAAACAAACAGCUCUUACAACAAAACGAAAUUACUCAAGCAAAUGUUGAAAAGUACAGUAAACUGCUAUGUGAACGCGACUCUUACAUUUUGAGCUUAAAAUCAUCUCACGACUCAAAUAAGGCAAUAAGAAAGCAAUUAGAACGCGAAAAGCUCGAGUUGGCGAAUAAAUUGCAAUCGGUCGAAAUACUCACUCAAGAACAAGGGGCUAUAAUCCACACUCAACGCACUAAUAUUACCCGAUUAAACGCUGAUACUGAAGCUCUCCAAAAACGGAUCAAAUCGAACUCCCCCGAUCAACGAAUGGAAUUCAAACUCAAAAAAUAUAUGCGAAAAUUAAGCGAUAUGGAAGAAGAAAAUAGUGGUUUGACUACAAGGAUACGCUGUUUGGAACACGAGUCGAAGCAAAAAGAGCGCAAACAUCAACAGAGUUUACUCGAUCAAAAGAAAGAAUUUGAAGAAGCGAUCCAAUCAGCGCAGAAAAAAGAAAUUGAAGAACGUAAAGCGAAAGAAACCCUCAAUGCUGAACUGACACAAUUGCGGUCCGAAUUACAUACAAGCAAUAAAGAAUUACGACGGUACAAACAACGAUGCGAAUGCGAAUCUCCAACUACGUCCGCCGCCGCCGGGGUUGCACCGUGGAAAACGAAAAGAAGAGUCGCUCAAGAUACGCAAAGAGAAAAGGAACAAGGAAAAGAAACCGAAUGUGCCAAUUGUAAAGAAAAGGAUUUACAAAUAUUUCAUAUGGAAUGCGAAAAACUGGCGUCGAAAAAGGAAACGUCGACCGAUUGGUAUUAUCAGUCUUCAUUAGAAGUUUGCAAUGAACUAAUCACAAAUUUACAACAAUCAAAUGAUCAAUUACAAAAGCAGCUGAAAGAAGUUCAAGAUGAACGUAGUUCUUUGAUGGCAGAAUUGGAUGAAAGGGAUAAACUUCUUGUUGAAAACAAGAAAAUUAAAGAAAAAUAUCAGCAGGUUAAAGCCAUCGCUGUAAGACGCAAUGAAGAAAUCUUCGGCUUGCGCAAGCAGCUUGAAAAAAAAUAGAAUGAACGUGAUAUUUAAAUUAAGAUUUUUUAUUCGUACUUAACGUAACUUUAAUUCGAGAUGUGUUCCUUAAUGUUCCUCCAAAAAAAGAGUAUUAGCUUUAAAGGCGUUUAAAAAGUCAUUUGAGUCAUUUAAUAUAGACUGAAAUGAAUAUUUAUUUAUUCUCUGCGUUUACUCGUUGUUGUUUUUUGUUUGUACAGUUUUUUUUGAGUUUAACUUUAAAUGUAAGUCUGAAUGACAAUAAAUAAAUAGCUGUGUUUUUCUAA